AUGGAUGCCCUCCGGCCGGUCGACACAUUACAGCCUCCUCGAACCGGCUCGUUCCCCGUUCCGCGAGACAGAAUGCGGCUCAACGAUGGGAUCGGAGCGGUUCUCGCUGUGGGGCCGAUAUUUCAAAUGCAGGCUGGGCUUAAGAUGCCGGAGCCGAUUGUCGGCGGCGAGGGAGAGAAGCGGCCGCCGAAGGGACACUUGGUGGUUUAUGUGGGCGGCGGGGAAAUGGGGAAGGUGGGGUCGCCGCCGCAGCGGUGCGUUGUGCCUGUGGUUUAUUUUAACCAUCCGCUUUUCGCAGAAUUGCUUAGGGAGGUUGAGGAGGAGUUCGGGUUUGGCCAUGUUGGAGGAAUCACAAUCCCCUGCUCUGUUUCACGGUUCGAGCGGGUGAAGGAACGAAUCGCCGGCGACACCUCCCGCCAGGGGAGGUCCGUUUGGGGCAGCUUAUAA